AUGUGUGCCAGGGGGCAGAUGCUGCUGCUGCUCUUCCUGGCCAUGGCAGCUGCCCAGAAGCCUAUGCUGAACGUCUGCAUGGAUGCCAAGCACCAGAAAAGCCAGCCGGGGCCGGAGGAUAAGCUGCAUCAACAGUGCUCUCCCUGGAAGGACAACGCCUGCUGCACGCUCAACACCACUCAAGCCGCCCACCAGGAUGCCUCCUACCUGUACAAUUUCAACUGGAACCACUGUGGGACCAUGUCGGACAGGUGCAAGAAGCACUUCAUCCAGGACACCUGCCUCUAUGAAUGCUCCCCCAACCUGGGCCCUUGGAUCAACCAGGUGGACCAGAGCUGGCGGAAGGAGAGGAUUGUGGACGUACCGCUGUGCCGGGAGGACUGCGAGGGCUGGUGGGAGGAUUGCCAGGACGACUUCACCUGCAAAGAGAACUGGCACAAGGGCUGGAACUGGACCCAAGAGUUCCCCCAGCCAGCAAGGAGUUGA